UUACUCCCAGUCACACGUCAGACUGCUCCAAAAUAAACGUCGGAAUUCGGGAUAUCUGUCUUGAGGCAAUUCCAUUCCCGCCAUUUGUGUUGUAGGCAUAAUGAAGUCCUACUGGUUGUGUGCAAAUGUGUGGGAAUAUAAAUCUUCUUUCAACUCGAUCUCCCUCUGCUCCCGACGCAACUAGUCAAUGUUUUAUUUCUGGUGGUUUGGACAAACAGGUGACGCUCCCAGAGAAAGACACAUGCAGGGGGAUGCAAAUCAGCUGGAACGGAUCACUGCACGUUUGAAUAGAGCAGAGCCAUCUGCACCAACUUUUACAUAAAUUAUAUAUCGGGGAUUCGGUGCCAUAAAUGUGCAUGGUGCACUUCAGCAGGAACCUGUUGGUCGGGUCUGGUGAGCGGCAUGGUUUGCCUUGAAGAGGAGGGAGUGUCUAUUGGAUAGCCGUAUCCAGAAGAGUUGCACACAACAAGGAGCAAGACGUGAUUCCUCUCUCCCGUUUACUUCCUACAACCUGGUCUUCUGUGAUCUGAGAUCCGAGAACCGCUGUCUGACAUUUCGCUGGCCUGCUCCCGGUUUCCCUUCGCAUUCUCCCCUGGAUGACCGCGUGAAACCCAAAAGGUGUCUCUACCAAAGCCAUGGCCUCUCGCGUGGAGGGCCAGCCCAGCUCGGGGCUUGCGGACGGGGAGAAGAAGAGCUCCUACGGGGGCUCCUUGAGAGCCGGGCCGCUAUCCAAACCCCUGAUCACGCCCAAGCCCUUCUCUCUGCAGCGCAACACCACCCUCCGCUCCAUCAACGCCCCAAAGACCACUGUCCCGUCUUCUCCGUCAUCGCCGUCUCGAGUCUCCAUCAAGAACCUCUUCCGCGGGGCCGCCAUACCCGAGCCCAGCGCUGUGCCGCAGUCCAGUCCAGCCAUCACUGACGCAAAGCCAACACGAGAAUCUUCCGCUUUGAAGGGGAAAAGAGAGGAGGGGUCUGCCUCACGGCCAAGUGACACGUCCGACUCGGCGAGUGUUCCUAAAGCCAGCGGGCUGCCGACGCCUCGCCCGAUAGAAAGAAAGAGAAGCCCUGUGAGCAGCCCUGCUGAAGAACCCCUGAAGAUCACUAAAGAUGACAAGACCGCCCCUCUAUCAGUCCCUGUUAAAGAACAAGUAAUUAUCAGUGGAGAAAUCACUGUGAAAGAUGAGAAGAAGGUACCAGACACCACCUCGGCUGCGGCAACCUCGGACCCCACCAAACCCAAGACCCACCCUGUAGUGGACCAGCCCGCCCAAAGGGACACGACCCCUCCCAACACAAUCCCGAAGUCUGCUGUCACCCUAAGGCGCCCCAAGGCCUCCACGGGCGUUUUAGAACUAAAAGACGAAGCCAACGCAAAGAACCCUCUCAGCCCAACGUCCCAAGAUCCACCAAGCAAGCGUAGCCUGGUCAGGAACCGCUUGUCAAUGGAGCUCACUAUGAAAUUUGAAUCAGGUGGCCAGCCUCUGCCCUCCCUGCCCCCCCAAACAACCAGAGGUAAAUACGUAGGAAAACUGCCAACGUCUGCCGUCGAACCAGAAAAGAUAAACCCAACUGUAGUUCAACCGAGUAGUGAAAAGGACGCAGAGGUGCUGAAGGUGGAAGCAGAGGAGGACAGAACAGGGGGAAGCAGUAUAAAACGUAGAAUCAAUCUGCUUUUUGACUCAUCAUCGAGACCUGAGGUAGCUGUGAAAAGGGAGGAGCCACCAGUUGUCACCCAAUCAAACGAAACAGGAGCAGCGGUCAAAGACAGAAUUAAAAACUGGGCAUUGGAGACGAAUGCAGACACAGACAAUAUUGUCCAACCUCAAACUAAAACUCCUACAAAAGACUUCGACAGUAUCGACCCUCCCAAGGAAGAAAAUACACCAAGAGAGAUGUCCACAGAGGAGACUGCAGAUCUACUUCCAGCGGUCUCAUCAGCUGCAAAGCCGUUAGAUGAUCCCGUGGAGACACCCCAGAGUACUUCUCCUGAUAAGGAAACCCCAGAAAGCUCCACAGAUAAGUCCUUAGAACCCGUCCAGGACGGCGUGUCUGACAGUGCAGCUGUGCUCUCUGACCCCAGCUCCGCGGAAGCCCACCGAGCCAACCCACUGAAGGACAGGACCCUGCGUCGGUCGGUUCGCUUUGGGACCGUGGAGAGGGAUGACGGCAAACCUCCGGUGCUCCUGGGGUCCGAACCCGAGUCCAGCGCAGAGGAGGAAGACCUUUCCGAGGAUGAAGGCCACGACGGCCCAACGGAGGAGGCGAUCAAAAUAGAGAAAGAGAAAGAGCGGGAAAAGCAUGAGGAGUUUAUGUGGCAGAAACAAAGGGAAGAGCAGAAAGAGAAGGUGACACGGAUGGAAGAGCGACUUCGAGAGAACGAGACGUUUAAAGAGGCGGAGCGGCAGAAACAGAGACAGAGGGAGGAGGAGGAGGAGGAGGCGCAGAGAGAGCGGUUGAAGCAGAAAGAGAGAGAGCUAGAGGAAGACAGAGAAAGGGUCAGGCGGGACGAGGAGAUGAGAAAGAAGGAGAAACAGUUAGAGGAGGAGAGAUUGAGAAAGGAGGAGAAAGAGAGGGAGAGUCAGAGAGAAGAGGAGAGGGAGAGACAGAAAAAAGAGGAGAGACUAAGAGAGGAGGAGAGAGAGAGGGAGAGACAGAGAGAAGAGGAGAGAGAGAAACAGAGAGUAAAGGAGAGAUUACAAGCGGAGGAGAGAGAGAGGGAGAGACAGAGAGAAGAGGAGAGGUUGAGAGAAGAGGAGAGAGCGAAACAGAGGGCAGAGGAGAGAUUACAAGUGGAGGAGAGAGAGAGGGAGAGACAGAGAGAAGAGGAGAGAGAGAAACAGAGAGUAAAGGAGAGAUUACAAGCGGAGGAGAGAGAGAGGGAGAGACAGAGAGAAGAGGAGAGAGAGAAACAGAGAGUAAAGGAGGGAUUACAAGCGGAGGAGAGAGAGAGGGAGAGACAGAGAGAAGAGGAGAGAGAGAAACAGAGAGUAAAGGAGAGAUUACAAGCGGAGGAGAGAGAGAGGGAGAUACAGAGAGAAGAGAGAUUUAAAGAAGAGGAGAGAGAGAAAAAGAGAGUAGAGGAGAGAUUACAAGCGGAGGAGACCGAGAGGGAGAGACUGAGAAAAGAGGAGAAAGAGAAAGAAGAGGAGAGAGAGAAAAAGAGAGUAGAGGAGAGAUUACAAGCGGAGGAGACCGAGAGGGAGAGAAAGAGAGAAGAGUUGAGAUUGAAAGAGGAGGAAAUAGAGAAACAAAGAGACGAGGAGAGAUUGAAAGAAGAGGCGAAAGAACGACAGACAUUGGAGGAAAGAUUGAAAGUGGAAGAGAGAGAGCGAGCGAGGUUGGAGGAGAGACUGAGGGAGGAGGCGAAAGAGAGACAGAAAGUGGAGGAAAGGUUGAGAGAGGAAGCGAAAGAGAGACUGAGGUUGGAGGAGAGACUGAGAGAGCAAGAGCGAGAGAGGCAGAAAAUGGAAGAGAGAUUGAGGGAAGAGGAACUCGUACAAGAAAGGUUGAAAAAAGAAGCGAUGGAGAGGGAAAGACAGGUGGAGUUGAUGCAACAGAGAAAGAGAGACGAGGACAGAGAGCGGGCAAGGCAGAUGGAGGAGAGACUGAGAGAAGAAGAGAGGGUAAGGGAGGAGGCCAGGAGGAGAGAAGUGGAGGAAACAGAAAGAUCAGAGGACCAACUUAGGGCAGAACGGAUUGAGAGAGAGGCAGAAAGGAUUUUAGAGGUUAAGAGAGAAAGAGACAGACUGAUAGUGGAGGCAGAGGAGCGCGAAAGAGAGAGACAAAAGCAGCAGAGACUUCGGGAGGAGCAGGAGAGAGAAAGACAGACACAGGAAGCGCUGGACAGGAAGAGAGCCGAAGAACAAGAGGUGAAGCUUCGAGAGACAGAGAGGAGGAGAGAAGAGGAAGAGAGGGAGAGAGGGAGAGAGAGGGAGAGAGAGAGACUACAAGAAGAACAAGAAAGGAUCAAGAAGCAGCAGGAAGAAGAAGAGAGAGCUCAGGAGAGAAAGGAGGAGGCAGCGAGGAGGAAGCAAGCCGAGGAGGAGGAAGUGACACGGCAACAGGCGGUCAGAGAUAGAGAGCGCCCCGCAGUGGACACGGCCAUCUUAAUCAGCUUUGACUCUGAAGAUGUGGGUCAGAAAUCGGCUGUGCCGACCGCGCUGCUCGUUGAACCAACGUUUAGGGCAGAGGGCCCACUGGAAGUUCCUUUUGACGACUUUUCGGUCAAGAAGCCUUUCACUGAAGUUCUGUUUGAUGACUUCUCCGUCACACCUAGGAGAUGGGGGUCCAAGAGUAGGGUCCCCCAAACCCCAGAGCCAGACUCUGGGCUGGAAGAUGUCUGGGUUCGCCGGGCCCCCGAUGUUGACUCACGGACACAUCAAGCACCGCAGCUAGACCCGCUGAAGGAAUCGGAUGUCCUCCCUCGUCCCUUGAUACCGUGCCUCGUCCCUCAACCCCAGGAGGAACCGAGGAGGCCAUAUGAGUUCCCGACAGUGGAGCAGAAAAAGGCAGAGGUGGUGGAGGAAGAUGAAGAUGAAGAGGUGCAUGAAGAGAAAAAGGAGGAGAGGGAAGGAGGAGUGGCUGAGCUGAAGGAGAAGUGGAAUAGUUUUAGUGCGAAAGGGGAUGGUUUAGACAAUGAGGCUCUGCUCAACAACGAACCUGAGCAGCAGUAUGAAGACCAAGACGAUGACGAUGACGUUUCUGAGUCUGAAGCUGAGAGCCCCACACCUGCCCUUGAGUCUCACUCGGACAUCCACCUGGAUGAAUUUGAUGGUGUUGAACCCCGUACUGAACCAGAGCGGCCUGCUUUCCCAGAGAGCUCCGCCCCUCUACUGGACAACAAGGCCCUGCGGUCGAGGGCGGAGCUGAGGAAGAGGAUGAGCCAGCGGACACGUCGGCCCAGGACACGUCAGAGCUCGCCCGGGGUCUUCCUCAAUGAAGACUCCACAUCCACCCCUGACUGGAGAGUCAGCGACAACACAGAGGAAACCGCAGAGUCAAACGAGGACGAGAAGGAGAAGAGAAGUGUGAAGGGCCCGCCCACCUCCCAGCGGAGCCCCGUCUUCCCUGGCUUAGAGAGCAGUCACUCAGCCCUGGUGGCUCAGUUGAAGAAGAAAACCGGAGGUGGAGGAGGAGGUGGAGGAGGAGGUGGAGGAAUGGAAACGACACCGGUGAAGGACAAGGCCGCAGCCGCCCGGGAAGAACUAGCAGCUCUCACCCCCUCUCCAUCCAUGCGCUCCCCGCGUUCGGCCGCCCUGCUCCCCGGGGCGGCUCGGGUGCUGCCCCCUAUAGGUGGCAAGGAUGACGGGACGGGCUCUUCUCCCUCGUGGAUGCAGGAGCUGAAGAAGAAGAGGAUGAGUCAGCAGGAAAGUGGGUCCUAACGGCACGCCGGGUUGUGAAGAGCAUUUGCACAGUGGCUUUAAAUCAGGAGUCACUGCAUCACAGCUGGCCAGCGUCUUGUCUUGGUGCUCGCACCGUGUUUG